AUGCUGGCAUCAGAAUUAUUUUUCGAAAUUACGCUUAUUAUUGCAAGCUUUCUUCAACCCAAAGAUAAAGUUCAAUGCUGUCUCGUGUGCAAGGCUUGGCACCCAGCUUUCCAAGAAUCCCUUUUUGAAACUCUCAUUAUUCAAACUAGGGCCAGUAUUGACAAGUUAACCGAUCCAACCAAUUCAGCAGGCAAACUCCUUCAAAAAUAUGGUUUCAGAACUCAAACUCUUCAGAUCAUUAAAAAUUUGCGGGCAGAAACUCUCACAAAUCUCGAAAUAACUAUGAAAUGCUGUAUUUUCAUUGAACCACGAAAGACCCUUAAUUUAAUAUCCUCGAAUCUAUGUCGGCUGAAACGAAUAUAUUUCCAUACAGUCGACAAAAAACCUUUUAUACACACGUUUGACGAUUUUGAGUUCCUUAAUGAUCAACUACCUGAAUUAACGUACAUCUCGCUUAGUGCUCAAUUCCAGGAAAUGAGUCCAACCGAAUUAUUGAAGAUUGAAAGAGUAAGCCGAAGUCCCUGUUUUAAAACCCUAGAAAGCUUCAUCACACAGACAGCCUAUGGAUGGAUGUACCACCUUGCUGUCAAGUACCCAAACAUCAGCACUCUUAAAACGGUUUCUUUUUCCCAAUCCAUCAUUGAUUUGCAGAGUUCUCGAGUACUGAAAAUGCUAGCCACACUUCCAUCUACCUUUAACCAGUUGAAAAACAUUGCCAUUCAUGUCGAGAAUUGCUCAGAACAUUUAUAUUAUGAUUUUGUAAAUCAGCUGCGUCUUUUCAAUAUUCCCAUAAAGACAGUGGAAAUUAAUGUCUUGAACUCUACAAAAGACUAUGGGCCAACAAGAAAUGUUCUUUUAGCAGCACAGAUAUUUGCAAAUAAGUUAGAGAGAAUUAAAAUUAUACACCGUCAACAAUCUAGACUGGCUUUUGGCGUUUCUUAUAAAUUUGCGUGUCAUCCUCGCUUAGUGGAUUUCAAUAUUCAGAUUUCCAAAGCAAAAGUCAUUCUGGAUACUAUUCUAGAGAGCUGCCCGUCAUUGAGGAUUUUCACUAUUACUGACGGCGACCUUAUUUUUAUGUCAAACUCACAUAUUUUUUCAAUUAAACAUGGGUUGCGGAACUUAUCGCUCAACAAUAUGUCUAUUCCUGGUAGAACGUUUAACCAGAUUUCCACUUGCUGCAAUAAGCUUAGCAACAUGCAGUUCAGAUGCCUAAUUAAAUUAGGACUACAGCCUGGAAAUGAUAUUGACACUUAUAUCGAUAUGUCAUCUACCUACUUUACAAAACUUAAUAUUAAUGAUAUUCAGUUUUUGGACCCUGUCAACCAAGUUAAAAUUAAUAUUUUUAUAUUUUCUUCAUCAGUGAAUUCUACAGAAAAGAUAUGGGUUUACUCUAACCCUACGAAGGUGCCCUUUCUCAGAAACCAUCAACAAAUAACCCAAAGGUUAAACGAAAAAGAAUCAAGAGGGAUUGGAUUAUAUGUCCACGAAUUUCCCAUGCCCGUUCGCGCAUUAUUUAGUAGGGAACAACUUUUGGAGCCGGUAAUGCAAUUCUCAUUAAACGGCUCGGAAAGAGAACUUUAUUAUGGAUAUGCUACAUUUAAAUGUGGCUCUAUAAGAAGUCUUGUAUUUGAUGCCUAA